AUGCUCCAAUUGCUCAUUUCAAACCGGCACUCUACAUUGAAUCGAAUGUUGACCAUAGUCGUGCAACUGUUCCAGGCCUCUGCUCGUGCUGCUUCUCCCUUGACCUCUGGUGCUGAGUCCGGCCCUGACACCAAGUCUUCUGGCGCCGGUGCUGGGGCUUCCGCCACUGGCUCCGUGAACCGUCCUUCUUCUCCUACUCCUCCCGGUGGUCCCAGAGCUGCUUUGCGUCGCCGCGCGGCCGCAGACCACAAGGAAUCUCUCCGCAAUGCUAGGCCCAGCUCUACCCGUGCCGCCGGUGCGGGUGGUUCCUCCGGCACUAUGCUCAAGCUCUACACCGACGAGAGCCCUGGUCUGAGGGUCGAUCCUGUUGUCGUUCUGGUGCUCAGCUUGGGCUUCAUUUUCUCCGUUGUCGGUCUUCACGUCAUCGCCAAGAUCACCCGCAAGUUCUCCUCGUGA